CGGAGACACCGACCGCGGCGGCAGCAGCAGCAGCAGGAGCAGCAGCAACAACGCGGGGCAGAGGCGGCGGCCGGGACAGUUAGGCCAGGCCGCCGGGCUCUGCCUCCCCCUCACGCCCCGCCGCGGCCGCACCGGCGACAGAUUUUUUAAAAAAUGGAUUUGACCAACCAUGGACUUAUUCUACUGCAGCAGUUAAACGCUCAGCGCGAGUUUGGGUUCCUGUGUGACUGCACGGUUGCAAUCGGCGAUGUGUACUUCAAGGCACACAAAUCAGUUCUUGCUUCAUUCUCCAAUUACUUUAAGAUGUUGUUUGUCCAUCAGACCAGUGAAUGUGUCCGUCUGAAACCCACUGACAUACAGCCUGACAUAUUCAGCUAUCUGCUCCACCUGAUGUACACCGGGAAGAUGGCCCCGCAGCUGAUCGACCCUGUGCGGCUGGAGCAAGGGAUCAAAUUCUUGCAUGCGUACCCCCUCAUCCAGGAAGCCAGCCUGGCCAGCCAAGGCACCUUUUCCCAUCCGGAGCAAGUCUUCCCGCUGGCCUCGUCACUGUAUGGCAUUCAAAUCGCAGACCACCAGCUGAGACAAGCCACCAAGAUGAACUUAGUGCCUGAGAAGCUUGGGCGGGAGCCUAGGCCCCAGGCAUCCAGGAUGAGCCAGGAACCCGUGCCCGAGACCUCACAGCUGUCCCAGCUGACAGCAAACCUGGCUCAGGUAAAUCGGACAAACAUGACUCCCGCCGAACCCAUGCAGACCUCGUUGUCACCCGAACUUGUCUCCACACCCGUUCCUCCCCCUCCUCCUGGGGAGGAGACCAACUUGGAGGCCUCUUCCUCAGACGAGCAGCCUUCUUCCCUCACGAUCGCCCACGUGAAGCCAAGCAUCAUGAAGAGAAACGGAAGCUUCCCCAAGUACUAUGCCUGCCACCUGUGCGGCCGGCGCUUCACGCUGCGCAGUAGCCUGCGAGAGCACCUGCAGAUCCACACCGGGGUGCCCUUCACAGCCGGCCCUCCCGGGGAAGGCCGCGGGCCCCUGUCCCUCUGCAGCAAUGCGGCCGACCUGGGCAAGGAUGCCCUGGAAGUGCCUGAGGCGGGGAUGAUCAGCGACAGCGAGCUGCAGCACAUCUCCGACUCCCCCAUCAUCGAUGGGCAGCAGCAGUCUGAGACGCCCCCGCCCUCAGACAUCGCGGACAUUGACAACCUGGAGCAGGCCGACCAGGAGCGCGAGGUGAAGAGGCGCAAGUACGAGUGCACCAUCUGCGGCCGCAAGUUCAUCCAGAAAAGCCACUGGCGUGAGCACAUGUACAUUCACACGGGCAAACCCUUCAAGUGCAGCACCUGUGACAAGAGCUUCUGCAGGGCCAAUCAGGCCGCGCGCCAUGUAUGCCUCAACCAGAGCAUCGACACCUACACCAUGGUGGACAAGCAGACGCUGGAGCUCUGCACCUUCGAGGAAGGCAGCCAGAUGGACAACAUGCUGGUGCAGGCCAAUAAGCCCUACAAGUGCAACCUCUGCGACAAGACAUUCUCCACCCCCAAUGAGGUGGUCAAACACUCCUGCCAGAACCAGAACUCAGACGUGUUUGCCCUGGACGAGGGCCGGUCGGUCCUCCUGGGCAGUGGGGACUCGGAAGUAACUGACUCUGACCAUCCUGUGUUAGCAUCCAUCAAAAAGGAACAGGAAACUGUGUUACUAGACUGAAUGUUAUUUGUCUUUUUAAAAACUGUCAUUUUUACAAAGAAUCUUCUCCCCACCCCCGCCCCCACCCGGGACAGUUUCUCUAUGGCAUGAUACAAACGGGCCCCACUCCUUUCCUGUCCCUUCUCCCAGCUCCAUCCCCGAUAAGGCUUUGUGCAUUAGAAACCUGGACUCUAUUUACUUUAAUUCAGGGGAUAUUGGAAGGAUAAUGGUCAGUAGUACUUAUAAAGAAAUAGGUUUUGAGAAGUUUUAGAUUAUUUUAAAAACCUACUUGGAAAUAAUUAAGAGUAUAUAAUAAAAUAACUAGACAAUAAUUUGGUAAGCUAAAAUUAUGACUGUCCCUGGGUAAUAAGUCUUCCUUCUCAAAGAAACAAAGUCAGAAAAUACAGCAUGCUUCUUAGAGAUAAAGCUGGGCUCUGCUAUGCAAAUCUAGAAGGUGUGGGGAAACUUGAAACCCAAGAAAAUGUUUUUAAUGUUUGCCCUCUAGGUGUCUGAUUUCAGAAUGUGUUCUUUGAGAUUAUGUCCAGUUAAGGGAAAUCACUAGAAACCGACUUGAACAAUGCAGGAGUAAUAAUGUGAUGGCAAUCUUCAUUUCUGGAUGAAACCUGACGGGCUGCGAGUCUGUGUGUGAGUG